UACAGAUCAGUACGGUUGGGCAAGAGCGAUUCGUACAGGCUGUGCGUCAACUUCUGGCGAGGAAAGUUCUUACUCCUAACAUCCUUUUUUUAAUCACACACACACUUACCCAGAGAGAAAAAAAACGGCGGGCGCGUUGCCAGAGGAAUUGUCUUAGAAUUGAACUCGAAUACAGGAAACGAAAUCUGCCUCCGCCAACACUCCGAAGUUGUGGAUGUGAAAGGGGAGUUCCUCGGCUUAUUUUCUGUCCUCUCGCUUGCAGUUUGGAGAAGAAAACAUUUUCCCCUGUUCUCCUCCUCCUAGCCGGUUGGCUUCGGAACAUGAAGCUCGUUUGAAGACUUUUCUUUGCGCUCGGAGGUCGAUUCUGAGGGAGAUAUUGUCUCGUUUCCCUCUCUCUACGGAACCCCAGUUCAUUGUCCUGCCUGGGCUUGAAGAUGUCCACCGUCCGUUGGGAUCUCCUCCUUGCAGGAUUCCUCUUUAUGUGCUCGCUUGCCGAGAAUUCCAGAGGCCGCAUGGAAAUACAGGAUGUCAUUCUGACUCCUUCCUCCAACAUUACCCUGAACUGCACUUCCAGUGGGCCCGUGGCCUGGUUCUACGACAAGGUGGCGAAUGUUCACACUGACGGCAACGUCCUGCACAUCUACAAUGCGGCCAGUUAUCACAACAGGGAGUACAUCUGCUCUGCAAAUAAAACCGAGAUUCUGCACUUCUUCAUUUUUGUGCCAGAUCCCAAUGAGUGGUUCCGACCACAGACCCAGCAGGAGAUGUUCAUCAUGGCUGAGGAGUCCGUGGACGUGUUCAUUCCCUGCGUGGCAACCAAUCCGGAACUGCAGGUCACCCUCUACCACGUGGAGACCGAGACCACCAUCGACACCCCCUAUGACAGGCGACAGGGGUUCCUCGGCAAGUUCAAAGGUGGAACCUACAAGUGCCGGGCUAAGUUAGGGAAAAAGGAACAGGUGUCUGAUGAAUACGUUGUGGAAACAAUUCAAGUUUCUGAGAACCUUGUGGUUAAACUUCAUGCCUUGCGGACUUUAGUGAAGAAGAACGAGUUAAUAAGUGUCACCUGCUCUGCAAAUAUCGAGCUGCUGGAAUUUUCCUGGUCUUACCCAAGGGCAAAGGAUGCUGUGAUGAGGGUCACAGAAGGGAGCCAGGAAGUGAACUCAACACUCGAGUUGGAAGAGGCGACACUGGGGGACACCGGAUGGUACAACUGCAGCAUCAAGGGCUAUUACCCCGAUCAGUCAGAACACAAAUCUCUUCACAUUACUGUGCUGGACAAAGGAUUCAUCGAGCUGAGGACAGAGCUGUCCGAGGUGGAGUACGCAGAGUUGUCCGAGGUGAAGAUGUUUGCUGUCAACAUCACGGCGUACCCAGCUCCCACCGUCAGGUGGCUGAAGAACAAUGUGCCCUUCAAUGAAAGGACCAACCAAGUGACCUUCAGCAACAAGUCCCUGGGAGAAAACAGGUAUCAGUGUACCCUCAAUCUCAUCCGAGUGAAGGAGGAAGACUUUGGGAAUUACAGCAUCCAGGUCUGGAAUGAGGAUGACAAGAAAGAAUUGACCUUCACCCUGAGCGUAAAUGUGCCAGCAAGAAUCUUGGAUCUCAGUGACUAUCUACAUAGCAAUGGCCUCCAAACCGUGACUUGCAUUACCGAGGGCUCGCCUUUGCCGAAAAUCACCUGGUACACAUGCCAGAACCUAAAGAGGUGUAACAGCAAGGACAGGAAGUGGAUACCACUGAAAGGGAACAGCAGUAGCAUCUGGGUGGAGAAACACGUCCCCGAGCGUCGAGCCAACCAGGUCUACCAGGUCCGGAGUGUCCUGACCCAGGAUAGUGGCAGUGGCAUCGCCACCGUGCGCUGCUCCGCCAACAAUGGCUUCGGCAGCGUUAACCGCGAGGUCAAGCUGGUCUCCAACGGCCCGCACUCUCAGCUGGUCACCGUGGCAACCAUCCUGGUGCUGUUGGUGAUCAUCAUCAUCUCGCUGGUGGUUCUGAUGGUGAUUUGGAGGAAGAAACCUCGCUAUGAAAUCCGUUGGAAGGUCAUUGAGUCAGUCAGUUCGGAUGGACAUGAGUAUAUUUACGUUGAUCCUACCCAACUGCCAUACGACUCCAGUUGGGAGUUUCCGAGAAGCCAGCUAUCCCUGGGAAGGACGCUCGGUUCAGGGGCGUUUGGCCGGGUGGUGGAGGCCACAGCUCAGGGCUUGAGUCAGUCCGAUUCCAUCAUGAAGGUUGCUGUGAAGAUGUUGAAGACCACUGCCAGGACCAGUGAGAAACAAGCUUUAAUGUCCGAGCUGAAAAUCAUGAGCCACCUUGGACCUCACCUCAACAUCGUCAACCUGUUGGGCGCCUGUACCAAAGGAGGACCCAUCUACAUCAUCACCGAGUACUGUCGCCAUGGCGACUUGGUGGACUACCUGUACCGCAACAAGCACAGCUUCCUACAGUUCCAUGGCGAGGCAGCACGGACACCCUCAACCGGGACCUCCGACAACAUGAAAUUCGAGAGGAUGAAGAGUUACGUGGCUCUCUCCUUCGACAGUGACGGGGGUUAUAUGGACAUGAACAAGGAGGAUCGGCUGGACUACACCCCCAUGCUGCAGGCCCGACCCCCACCUGCCUACGCACAGAUCGCCCACUCUGACUACGAUGGACCCUACCUGCAAGAGAAUUACACCCCCACCGAGCAGGAAGUUCCGGAACUCAGGCCUCUGGUCAGUGACUCGCCAGUCCUCAGCUUCGCAGACCUGGUCGGAAUCAGUUACCAGGUGGCACACGGAAUGGAGUUCCUCUCACUCCGAAACUGUGUCCAUCGAGAUCUAGCAGCAAGGAACGUCCUCAUCUGUGAAGGGAAACUGGCAAAGAUCUGUGACUUUGGACUGGCUCGGGACAUAGUGAACGAUUCUAAUUAUAUUUCAAGAGGAAGUACCUUUUUGCCUCUGAAGUGGAUGGCACCAGAGAGUAUCUUUAACAACCUGUACACCACGCUGAGUGACGUCUGGUCCUACGCUGUACUCCUGUGGGAGAUCUUCACGCUCGGGGGGACCCCUUACCCAGAGCUGCCGGUCAACGAUCAGUUCUACAACGCCAUCAGGAGUGGGUACCGAAUGCCCAAACCUCACUACGCCACCGACGAAAUAUACGCCAUCAUGAAGAAGUGCUGGAACGAUGAGUUUGAGAAGAGGCCCUCCUUCUCCAGCUUGGUCACAUCCAUGGGGAACUUGCUCUCUGAGAGCUACAAAAAGAGAUACGCUCAGGUUAGCCAGGAGUUCAUGAAGGGUGAUCACCCAGCCCUGCGCCGCACCAGGACCAGCACCCGCGGAGCCAACGACAGCGUCAUCUACUCCAACUGCCUACACCUCGAUGGGACGGACAACGGCUACAUCAUCCCGCUGCCCGACCCGGUAACCCCCGAGGAGAGAGCGGACGCCGGAGAUCCAGCAGAGGAGCCCUCGAGUGUGCCAGCUGCAGGGACAAGGCCAAGCUCCCUCGUCUGUGGCGAGAGCCAGGAGCCGACCAAUUUGUGUGAUCUUCCUCAGACGACUGAAGACUGCAGACAACUUGAGAUGGACACUGAAGCUGAGGGCAGUCAACCUGAGGUGGAGGACAGCUUCCUGUGAUUGGUGGGCCGGCUCUCACCACCGUUCCAGAACCUUUUAUCACACAAAAUACAACCCUGCUGGAGAAAUCCCAGAUUAGUCCAUUGCCUGAUCCAUCCUGAGAUUCCUCAGGAAUGCUGAGGUAACACCGUGAAAAUGAUGAAGUCGUGAAUCUCUCUGGAAAAGGUCAAUGUGAGCCACGGAACUGGGCGUUAGACUCGGGGAGGUCUGCACUUCUGGGAAUGUGGACCCCUGAUUCUCUGUGUCCAGUCCUUCCCACCCCACUGGGAAUGACCAUUCUCUGUGUCCAGUCCUUCCCACCCCACUGGGAAGGCCAGUCUGUGUGUCCAAUCCUUCCCACCCCACUGGGAAUGACCAUUCUCUGUGUCCAGUCCUUCCCACCCCACUGGGAAUGACCAUUCUCUGUGUCCAAUCCUUCCCACCCCACUGGGAAUGACCAUACUCUGUGUCCAGUCCUUCCCACCCCACUGGGAAGGCCAGUCUGUGUGUCCAAUCCUUCCCACCCCACUGGGAAUGACCAUUCUCUGUGUCCAAUCCUUCCCACCCCACUGGGAAUGACCAUUCUCUGUGUCCAGUCCUUCCCACCCCACUGGGAAUGACCAUUCUCUGUGUCCAAUCCUUCCCACCCUGCCUCUUCUUCCUCAGCCACCACUCGUACUAGAUGCGAUAGGCCCCAACAGCAGCUCAGCAGAGUCCUCUGUCUUGGACCAAGAGAAGGUUGAUCAGCUCUGUGGCUUCUGCUUUCACCAUAUGACUUCAUACGUCUUCUAAGUGAAGACCCUUCUCUCCCAGGGAUGAGGUCUUUGGAGCUUCUGUUGGCAAUUUCAGGGUUUUUACAGGAUGGAGUUAGCCCCAGGUCCAACCCUCCUCCUCUCACAGCCGGGCCUGGGGCCAUCCGUUGUGGAGUUUCUCACCGCGAUGGGAUGGACAUCCUGCUUGUCCAGUUCUCCCCUCUGAUCAUCAUGUGUGUCCAAGCCUUCCCAGCCCAGUGGGGGUGGACAUUGCCAAAGAUCAGCCAUGGCUCCAGCUCCCAGAAAUUCCUCCUGGUGCUUAUGAGUCUCAAAAGCAUAAACACGCACAGUCUUCCUUCAAACUGCAGGACCCCUCUCCCCGUCUCAAAAGUGUUGGGCCCAUCUCUCCUCAAAGCUGAGGUGCCCUGUCCCUCCCUGUCUCCCCUCCCUAUCUCCUUUCCCAAUUGCAGGACACACCCCAAUUCCCUUCCAAACUGAGGGACCACGACCCUGCGAUCUGCCCUCCAAAGUGAGGGACCCUCUCAUCCCCUCCAAAUGGAGAGACCUACUCCUCGACAUUGCUCCUCCAAAGUGAGGGACCUGUCACUGCCCGUCUCCCAACACACAGGGGUGAUUCCUCCACUCAGCCUCUGCUUCUUGCUGCUUCGAACCACCUUCCCUCUGCUUGGCUGCCCUUAUGCUGAGGGACCUCUCUCCUGUGCAGAGAAAACGAAUGCCAGAAGCCCUCAGUAGGCUGGUUGAGUGUUAACACUUACUGCUCUCCAUAGCCGCAGCCCUGCCGAGUGCUUUCUCUCCUCCCUCUGUCUCUCCUCAAACUGAGAAGCUCCUCCCCUCCAUCACUCCUUUCAAACUGUUCUACCUAUCACCUCCCAGCUUCUUACUUCAACUUGCCUUCCCCUCGCCUGGCCUCACCUAUCACCUCCCAGCUUGUACUCUCUCCCCCUCCUCCUUAUUCCGGAUCUUCCCCCUUCCUUUCCAGUCCUGAUGAAGGGUCUCAGCCCAAAACGUUGACUCUUUAUUCAUUUCCAUCGAUGCUGCCUGACCUGCUGAAUUUCCCCAGCAUACUGUGCGUUGUCUGUCUCCCUGCUCUCUUUCCCCUGACCCCUUAUGGUGGUGGUUUGGACUUCUAACAACAUUUUUCAUUCGUAAGCAAACUACCUCCCACCCACAUCAGAAUCAUCUUUGGGUUUGAAAUCCAGGGACCCUGACCGUGGCUCAAACGUUUGUCUUAUAUUAAGAUACACAUAGCUAAAACCAGUACAGUAUUAGAGUGUAGGAUUAAAGAGAGAGAGAGAAUUCGCUGUACUAUCAAAUCUUUUGAACUUUCAUGAACUGAAUAUGAAAAUAUGAAUCUUUUAGGGACCACUUAGUAACUUUUCUGAACAUCUAACUAUGGAUUUCUAAUCAGAAGAACCUUAUCCCUGGAUCUAAUCUGGAGCAAAACAUUUUCAGGGUAAUAUUAUCCAGACAAAAGCUAGAUUAAAGUGUUAUAGUUUGUACAAUAAUGCAAUAUUAGAAUUUAUCCCAGCCAAUUACAGUCACCUUAUAGAUAGAUAUUUUUGCACAAAAUGAAAUUAUAUAAAGGAACUAUUUUUCUCUUUAUCUUGUUUUAAGCAAAACUUGUAAAUAUUUGUGAAUGCCGGUUUUGUUAUUGGUGUCGUAGAUGCUUGGGUCUAAAUGUGUAGGGGUUGCAUCUGCUGAAAGGAGAUUCCUCCUUCACUCCCUCUCCACACACAUCAAACCGGGAGCUCAUGUCGCUGAAACGUUAGACCGAGCCUGCAGUUGGGAACUCAACAACAGAGGCUCAGAACCACACUCGGGUUUAUUAUCACUGUGACAUAAAAUGUUACCUUACUACAACAGUACAAUACAGAGACGUAAAAAUUUCUAUAAAUUACAAAAAAUAUAUAGAUACUGCAUUUAAACAAAAGAAAUAAGGAGGUUUGGUUCACAGAAGAUGGGAAAAAGCUGUUCCUAAAACAUUGAGUGUGUCUCUUCAGGUUCUCCACCUAUCACCUCCCAGUCUCACUUCAUCCCCCUCCCCACCCACCCACCUUCCCCCUCACCUGGUCUCACCUAUCACCUCCCAGUGUCUCACUUCAUCCCCUCCCCACCCACCCACCUUCCCCCUCACCUGGUCUCACCUAUCAUCUCCCAGUGUCUCACUUCAUCCCCCUCCCCACCCACCCACCUUCCCCCUCACCUGGACUCACCUAUCACCUCCCAGUGUCUCACUUCAUCCCCUCCCCACCCACCCACCUUCCCCCUCACCUGGUCUCACCUAUCAUCUCCCAGUGUCUCACUUCAUUCCCCCCUCCCCACCCACCUUCCCCCUCACCUGGUCUCACCUAUCACCUCCCAGUCUCACUUCAUCCCCCUCCCCACCCACCCACCUUCCCCCUCACCUGGUCUCACCUAUCACUUCCCAGUCUCACUUCUUUCCCCCUCCCCACCCACCUUCCCCCUCACCUGGUCUCAUCUAUCACUUCCCAGUGUCUCACUUCAUCCCCCUCCCCACCCACCCACCUUCCCCCUCACCUGGUCUCACCUAUCACCUCCCAGUGUCUCACUUCAUUCCCCCUCCCUCACCUUCCCCCUCACCUGGUCUCACCUAUCACCUCCCAGUGUCUCACUUCAUCCCCUCCCCACCCACCCACCUUCCCCCUCACCUGGUCUCACCUAUCACCUCCCAGUGUCUCACUUCAUCCACCUCCCCACCCACCCACCUUCCCCCUCACCUGGUCUCACCUAUCACCUCCCAGUGUCUCACUUCAUCCACCUUCCCCCUCACCUAUCACCUCCCAGUGUCUCACUUCAUCCCCUCCCCCACCCACCCACCUUCCCCCUCACCUGGUCUCACCUAUCACCUCCCAGAGUCUCACUUCAUCCACCUCCCCACCCACCCACCUUCCCCCUCACCUGGUCUCACCUAUCACCUCCCAGUGUCUCACUUCAUCCACCUUCCCCCUCACCUAUCACCUCCCAGUGUCUCACUUCAUCCCCUCCCGCUCCCUCACCCACCUUCCCCCUCACCUGGUCUCACCUAUCACCUCCCAGUGUCUCACUUCAUCCCCUCCCCACCCACCCACCUUCCCCCUCACCUGGUCUCACCUAUCACCUCCCAGUGUCUCACUUCAUCCCCUCCCCAACCACCCACCUUUCCCCUCACCUGGUCUCACCUAUCACCUCCCAGUGUCUCACUUCAUCCCCCUCCCCCACCAACCCACCUUCCCCCUCACCUGGUCUCACCUAUCACCUCCCAGUGUCUCACUUCAUCCCUCUUCCCCACCCACCCACCUUCCCUCUCACCUGGUCUCACCCAUCACCUCCCAGUGUCUCACUUCAUCCCCCUCCCCACCCAUCCACCUUCCCCCUCACCUGUCACCUGUUAGCUUGCACUCCUUUCUUCCCCCCCAUCUUAAUCUGAAUUCUGACCCUUCCUUUCCCAUCCUGAUGAAGGGUCUCAGCCCAAAACGUCGACUGUUUAUUCCUCUCCAUAGAUGCUGCCAGAGCAACUGAGUUCCUUCAGCAUUUUGUGUGUGUGUGAGUGUGUGUGUGUGUGUGUGUGUGUGUGUGUGUCUGUGUGUGUGUGAGUGUGUGUGUGUGUGUGUCUGUGUGUGUGUCUGUGUGUGUGUGUGUGUGUGUGUGUGUGUGUGUGUGUGUGUGUGUCUAGACUACCCCUUUGUCAUUUGCCCCAGCAGUAGGAGGCACAGAACACUGGCCAUGCAACAUCACAGGACAGAACAGGCUCUUCGGCCCACAAUGCUUUAACCUACUCCAGGAUAUUAGAGAUACAGUGCGGAACACGUCCUUACGGCCCUUUGAGCCAUGCUGUGAGCUACCCACCAAUUAACCCUAGAUUAAUCACGGGUCAAUUUUACAAUGACCUAUUAACCCACCAACCAGUACAUCUUUGGACUGUGGGAGGAAACCAGAGAACCCAGAGGAAAGCCACGUGUUCCACAGGGAGGGCAUACAAACUCCUUACAGACAGGAUGAACUCUGAACUCCGAUGCCCCGAGUGUUGCGCUGUCCAGUCUGAGGUCAAUCUAGCCCUUCCCCCCCACAUAGCCCUCUAUUUUCUGACAUCAUGUGCCAUCAUUUCUUAAAUGUCCCUAACAUAUCUGCCUCUACCACACACCCACCACUCUCUGUCUAACUUACCUCUGACAUCUCUCCUAUACUUUCCUCCAAUCACCUUAAACUGAUGCCAUUUGCACCCUGGGGAAAAGGUGCUGACUGUCACUUCCUGCUGCAUUUUGUGUGUACCACUCUAUCGGUGCCCGUGGGUUCGGUUAGUGUGCUGUGGAAUGCCAUGUUGGCCUGAAGCAUGGUGACCCUCGCGGGCUGCCCCCAGCACAUCCCCACUCAUUUGAUUUGACCGAAACUACGCAUCUCACUGUACGUCUCGAUGUUCAUGUGACAAAUAAAGCUACUCUCUAAUCUUUUCAUCUUUAUACACCUCUCUGAAGUCAUCACAGCCUCCCUCACUCUAAAGCAGGGUUUAGAACCAUAGAACACUACAGCACAGUACAGGCCCUUCAGCCCUCCAUGUUGUGCCGACCCAUAUUAUCCUUAAAAAAAGUACUAAACCCACACUACCCCAUAACCUUCCAUUUUUCUUUCAUCCAUGUGCCUGUCCAAGAGGUUCUUAAAUUCCCCUAAUGUUUUAGCCUCCACCACCAUCCCUGGCAAGUCAUUUCAGGCACUCACAACCCUCUGCAUAAAAAACUUACCCCUGAUGUCUCCCUUAAACUUCCCUCCCUUAAUUUUGUACAUAUGUUCCCAAAAUUGUACAUAUAUUUUGUACAAAGGUUCCCAACCUUUUGAAUGCCAUGAACUAAAACAUUAAGCAAGAGGUCCGUGGACUCCAGGUUAGGAACCUUUGCUCCAAAGAGAAAAGCCCCUGCUCGCUCAACCUAUCCUCAUAAAACAGGCUCUCUAAUCCAGCAGCAUCCUGGUGAAUCCCCUCUACACCCUCUCUAAUCCAGACAGCAUCCUGGUGAAUCUCCUCUGCACCCUCUCUAAUCCAGGCAGCGUCCUGGUGAAUCUCCUCUGCACCCUCUCUAAUCCAGGCAGCAUCCUGCUGAAUCUCCUCUGCACCCUCUCUAAUCCAGGCAGCAUCCUGGUAAAUCUCCUCUGCACCCUCUCUAAUCCAGACAGCAUCCUGGUAAAUCUCCUUUAAAUACUCUCUAAUCCAGGCAGCAUCCUGGUAAAUCUCCUCUGCACCCUCUCUAAUCCAGGCAGCAUCCUGGUGAAUCUCCUCUGCACCCUCUCUAAUCCAGGCAGCAUCCUGGUAAAUCUCCUCUGCACCCUCUCUAAUCCAGGCAGCAUCCUGGUGAAUCUCCUCUGCACCCUCUCUAAUCCAGACAGCAUCCUGGUAAAUCUCCUCUGCACCCUCUCUAAUCCGGGCAGCAUCCUGGUGAAUCUCCUUUGCGCCCUCUCCAAUCCAGGCAGCAUCCUGGUGAAUCUCCUCUGCACCCUCUCUAAUCCAGACAGCAUCCUGGUAAAUCUCCUUUAAACACUCUCUAAUCCAGACAGCAUCCUGGUGAAUCUCCUCUGCACCCUCUCUGAAGCUUCCACAUCCUCUCUGUAAUGAGAGAACCAGAAUUGAACACAAUACUCCAAGUGUGGGCUAAUUCUGGAGGUCAUGUGUUAAGGCAAGAUUAGGUAGGUUUGAGUAAGAUAUGCAAGACAAGUUUCUUCACACAGAAGAGGGUGCAGCAUUUUAUCAAAGAGAAAGAGAAAAUGAUUAUAGCUGAGUCCUAACUUAUUCACCCUUCCCUUGCGUUCUUUUAUCUUUACAGAUUCUAGUCUUUGCACUCUCCCUCAGCCACACAUUGAAUGCUGGAGGAACUCAGCGGGUCAGGCAGUGUCUGCAGAGGGAAAAAGACAGUUUUCAUUUCAGGUUGAGGCUCUUCAUGAGGGCUGAGCUCAACAUACCUGCAGUGCAGACACAGGAGGGGCUCUGUAGUCUGUUGUGUGCCUGCCUGGCUGCACGUUGGCUUCUAAAUCAGACCAGGCUGGCAGGAUCACUAGGGCAGGUGUAUCACCUCCCCACCUAUGCCUACUCUCACUCACAUCCUGUUUGACACCAAAUGUUUAAGAGGGGCAACAGGGAAACAGGAUAAGCCCAAACACACAAAAUUCUAAAGAUGCUAGGGAACAGAGAAGAUUUAAACUCCUUCAGGGUAGGCAUACCUCAAAGAGACUUCGCCGAUGAGACCUGAUGAAGAGUCUCAGCCUGUUUAUUCCCCUCCAUAGAUUCUGCCUGGCCUGCUGAGUUCUCCAGCAUUUCAGAAACACAAGAGAUUCUGCAGAUGCUGGAAAUCCGAGCAACACACACAAAAUGCUGGAGGAACUCAGCAGGUCAGGCAGCAUCUACGGAGAGGGAUAAAGAGUGAUGUUUUGGACCAAGACCCUUCACCAGGACUGUUCAUCCCUCCACCAUUUUGUGUAUGUUGCUGAAGGCCCUUCAGUAACAUCAUAACUGAUGCAAACUUGGCUUCAACCCCACUUCUGCCCAUCUACCUUGAUGAUCAAAUAUCUGGUAAAUUGGUUUAUUCUCAUCACACGUACUGAGAUACAGUGAAAAGCUUGUCUUGCACACAGUUCAUAUAGAUCAGAUCAUUACACUGUGCAUUGAGGUAGAACAAGGGAAAACAAUAACAGAAUGCAGAAUAAAGUGUCACAGUUACAGAGUAAGUGCAGUGCAGGCAGACAAUAAGGUGCAAGGUCAUAAUGAGGUAUAUUGUGAGUCCACCUUAUCAUACAAGAGGUCUGUUCAAGACUCUGAGAACAGUGGGAUAGAAGCUGUCCUUGAGCUUGCUGGUACUUGCUUUCAUGCUUUUGUAUCUUUUGCUGAUGGGCGAGGGGAAAGAAGAGAGAAUAUCUGCCUUGAAUUUCACACCCUUUGCCCAUUGCAGUGAAAAUCAGGACCAACGCCUGCCUCUGAAUGUCUAAUUGAGUCUGAGGCCCUCCCUUGGUCAGAGUCAACCAUAGCUGUUGUGUCAUAGCUGUCCACAUGAUACACAAGCCAGGGCAGUACGAUAUAGAGAGUGAGCUGUUGCCCAUGUAGCAGGCUCCCCCUCUCCAUGCAGAUGAUAAAUCCAAAGGAGCUACAGAGACCGACACAGUUUGGCACCAGCAGCAUUGCUGGAGUUGCCAGUCAGCGUCGAACCCAACAUAGGACUGUCUUAGGGACUCCAGCUCUGGACUUUUCCUCAGGGUUUACCCCCAAGGGGUAUAGCUGAAAAGCAGCCUAAGUUUGAGAUCAGAGUUUUCCUUCUCCUAGAAGAGCUGCCAAUCACGGCUAAUGAGCCCCAUCUGCCCGAAGCGACUGGUUUUAAGGCUCCAGUAAGCCGCCUUUGCCUCUUCUCCUGUCAGUUCCGCUGGGCUCAGUACCUAAGCGACAAGUGAAGGUUAGGAGGUUGUCAGAGGCUAUUUGAGAAGCAUUUAAUAGCUAAUGGGAGCUGGUCCUCAAUACCCCACCACCCCACAGUUUGUGGGUUUGUCGACAAAUGAAACAACGUUCCUCCGGACCAAGGUGCACAGCACAGUACAUAUAAAUCUCACACAACAUAUGAAGUAAUAUUACCACAAAUAAAUUAACAAAUAACAAAGUGCAUUUACAACACAAGUUUUAAAAAGUAAACAGUAUAACACUACUGGUGGUUCACACGUGAUGAGACCUGGGGGGUGGCAGGGAGUUCAGUCGUCUCACAGUCUGGGGGAAGAAGCUGUUUCCCAUCCUAACAGUUCAUGUCCUAAUUCUACAGUACAUACUGCCUGAUGGUAGGGGGUCAAGGAGAUUGUUGGACAGAUCAUCGACAAUGCUAACAGCCCUGCAUAAGCAGUGCUCCUGAAAAAAAUAACUCUGAUGGGUGGAAGAGAGACCCCGAUGAUCCUCUAAUCAGCCCUCGUAAUCCUUUGUGGGGACUUAUGGACAGAUAUCUUGUGUUUCCUGUACCAGGUAGUACUGCAGCUGGUAAGGACUGGUGCUCCUAUAAAAAUUGGUUAGAAUGGGAGCAGGGACUCGCCUCAACGUCAACUGUCCAUUUCCCUCCAUAGAUGCUACCUGACCCUCUGAGUUCCUCGACAAUUUUUGUGUGUCCCCUCCCACACGAAUCCAUCCAAGGCUGACCCAUUAACUACGGCACCACGUUUCGAAGUUGCUUUGAGUCUGAUUUCUCUCUGAAUGCGUUAAGUGACUGAGCAGUCUUGCAGGGAGAUGUAGUUAGUUUCACAUAGGUAUUUGAUCCCAAUAAUGGUACGAACAAUAUUUUAAAAUCAUUUGUAACUGUGUUCAUUUAGAAUGUGUAUGUGUUAAAUGUGAGAAGAGUUUUGAUACUUGCCCUAUUGGUCUGUAAUGUACUGUUCAUUUAUCUUUUUAACAGAAUAAACACAUAUUUUCUAGCAA